AUGUCUCGGAGGCAGGAGGAGCAGAGAGGGGGCGCGCCCUUGAUGGCGGAAGGCAAGUCGGACGCAGAGGUUAGGCUCAUUCUGUACCACUGGACACAUUCUUUCAGCUCUCAAAAGGUGCGCUUGGUAAUUGCUGAAAAGGCAUUGAAGUGCGAGGAACAUGAUGUAAGUCUGCCCCUGAGUGAGCACAAUGAGCCUUGGUUUAUGCGUUUGAACUCAACUGGAGAAGUGCCUGUCCUUAUCCACGGGGAAAACAUUAUUUGUGAGGCCACUCAGAUCAUUGAUUAUCUUGAACAGACUUUCCUGGAUGAAAAAACCCCCAGGUUAAUGCCUGAUAAAGGAAGCAUGUAUUACCCACGGGUACAACAUUAUCGAGAACUGCUGGACUCCUUGCCAAUGGAUGCCUAUACCCAUGGCUGCAUUUUACAUCCUGAGCUCACUGUGGACUCCAUGAUCCCAGCUUAUGCAACCACACGGAUUCGCAGCCAAAUUGGUAACACAGAAUCUGAACUGAAAAAACUUGCUGAAGAAAACCCAGAUUUACAAGAGGCAUACAUCGCAAAACAGAAGCGACUUAAAUCAAAGCUGCUUGACCAUGACAAUGUCAAAUAUUUGAAGAAAAUUCUUGAUGAAUUGGAGAAAGUCUUGGAUCAGGUUGAAACUGAGUUGCAAAGAAGAAAUGAAGAAACCCCAGAAGAGGGCCGUCAGCCUUGGCUCUGCGGAGAAUCCUUCACCCUGGCAGACGUCUCUCUUGCUGUCACAUUGCACCGACUGAAGUUCCUGGGGUUUGCGAGGAGAAACUGGGGAAAUGGAAAGCGACCAAACUUGGAAACCUAUUACGAACGUGUCUUGAAGAGAAAAACAUUUAACAAGGUUUUAGGACAUGUCAACAAUAUAUUAAUCUCUGCAGUGCUGCCAACAGCAUUCCGGGUGGCCAAGAAAAGGGCCCCCAAAGUUCUUGGCACUACCCUUGUGGUUGGUUUGCUUGCAGGGAUGGGAUAUUUUGCUUUUAUGCUUUUCAGAAAGAGACUUGGCAGCAUGAUAUUAGCACUUAGACCCAGACCAAAUUAUUUCUAGGCUUGUAGGGAUCUAGUGGUGGCCACUCAUCCAACC